CACACAGAUAAUAAAGUCACCCAGUAAGGUAGGAGGCCGAUAAAUAAAAUAAAAUCAAGAUUAAAUAAAAUAGUCAACAUGCUGAAUUAUCAGUAAAGUCUAUCAGAGUACUGUAGUGUACUACAAGAAGCAAAACAGUGCAGUAGUAGCUUUAACGGGUAUAUAUGAAACAACACGUUUCUGUAGUUUCAAAACAAAAUAAAGACAUAAAUUUACGGGCUACGUUUCACCUGCAUUUAUAAGAAUGACUAACCUAUGGUUUCUACAUUCUUUUGGGAUUGAAGAAACUUUUCUUCUUAUUGGUUAUGAAUACAAUACAUACAUACUUGUAUCUUAAUGAAAAGGAACUCCAAAUCAGCUUUCUCAAAAAAAGUAAAGCUGUGUCAGAAGUAAAACAGCUUCUCAUGCCUCAAAUCCCUGUGCUAUUAAAAGUGAUACGUCCUUGCAUACAAAGCGACGCGCCAGGAACUGUGUCAUGCCACUUGUCUAGAUAAAUACCAGCCUCCGACUUUUCCACUGAACCCAACAAGCAACUGUCUGCCUGAACGCAGAGAGCUCUGCAACGCAGCAGCAUAACUCAAUGGUCUGGAUACACGAACGGAUUAACCUUUACGAAAAUGCGAAUACAUUCAAACAUGACAUUAGAACGUGACAUCUGAUUCCUGUAGUAUAAUAAAAUGAGAACGGAACGAGCGAUUUGUGUAGAUUUUUUGGUUCUUGCAACGCCGUAUUUUUCAUGACUCGCAGACCCAACCCUACAACUUAAAGACAGGCAGCGGAGAUCAGAGCACUCACCCUUCGUGAGACGUCGUGCGUUGUUUUCUUUCUUUUAUAUAUAUACCUGCACUUUUUGUUGUUGUUGUUUUUGUUUUUUUUUUUUGUUUGUUUGUUUUUUUUGUUUUUGCUGGAACUCUAGUGGUGCGACAACAACUCGCAUUGACGGGUAUAACCUGUGUAUAAUCGACAACUACGGUAAGAAGAAGAAGCGUUUCUUAGUCACUGUGAAGUGGAACCAAAAACAAAAGCUAGGGUACCAUGGACAGCGAUUUAUAAUUUUGAUUGCCCAGCCACAAGAGUUCCUGUUCUUCAAACCUUCAUUGUGUUCCAAAGAUGGAGACCCAGGGGAACACGUCUGUUUUUGAUUAUCUGAACCAAUCUUCCCUCCAUGAUCAAGACGGAAAUACGUCUUUUACCGCAAGCAUUGAUAGUGACAGUAAUAAGAUCCUGGCUGUAAUUUACCUCAUUGUGUUCAUACUGGGCUUGACUGGGAAUACAUUAGUUAUCUUUGUGGUUCUGCGAUAUGCUAAGAUGAAGACCGUUACCAACAUGUAUAUCUUAAACUUGGCAGUAGCUGAUGAGCUGUAUGUACUUGGACUUCCUUUCCAAACCACUCACAAUUUACUCAACUACUGGCCAUUUGGUAGCUUUCUGUGCCGUGUUAUGAUGUGUGCAGACACCGUCAGCCAGUUCACCAGCACCUUUUGUUUGACAGUAAUGAGUAUUGACCGUUACAUGGCUGUGGUUCAUCCCAUCCGCAGUGCAAAAUGGCGGCGGCCAAGUGUUGCUAAGGUCAUAAACUGUAUGGUUUGGGCUCUGUCCUGUAUUUUGGCACUUCCAGUCAUCAUUUAUGCAAAUGUUCAAGCUGGACAUAACACCUGCAACAUAAGCUGGCCAGAACCAAGGACCAUGUGGUCAAUGGCCUUCAUACUUUACACUGCCAUCUUAGGAUUCUUCUGCCCUUUGUUGGUCAUAUGCAUAAGCUACCUCCUCAUCGUUGUCAAAGUAAAGUCAGCUGGAGCCCGAGCAGGACUCGCCAAACGACGCAAAUCAGAAAGGAAGGUGACACGCAUGGUGGUGAUCAUUGUGGUUGUGUUUGUGCUCUGCUGGCUUCCGUUCUUCAUCCUCAACAUUGUGAAUGUUUUCAUCUUCCUCCCAACCAAGAUGGAUGGUGUCUACUUUCUCAGUGUUAUCUUGACAUAUAUGAAUAGCUGUGCCAAUCCUAUUCUCUAUGGCUUCCUAUCUGACAACUUUAAGCAGAGCUUCCAGAAAGUCCUCUGUGUCCACAAGGCCAAUGGGGUGGGGGAUAGUAACCCUGGACGGGCACGCAUUGAGAGUGCCAGCCAACAGGACCCCUUCUUCUCCCCAAGAACCACUGACUCCAAUAGCCAUGGCGAGAACCAUCAAGCAUACCAGAUGGAGUCUGGAGGUAAUGCCAAAGUGGAAAUUCUGCCCUCUGUGAUCAGUCAGUCAACAAUAUGAUUAUUUUCUACCUUAGAAAUCACAGAGGCAAACUGGAGAAAAAGGAUGGUUGAUUAAUCCAGUAUUGAAAGCUGAUAUCUGAUUAUUUGAAACUCAAGAACAUGAAUAUCCAUUUUACAUGGACAGCUGCCUGCUCAGUUCUUGAUGAGGGAAGUUCUGCAGCAGAAACUACUUUCCAUCUUCAAGCUGUGACAGAAGAAACUGACGGGUAGGGAAAAUAAGCCCUAUGCUGGAAAUAUUUUUUUUUUCUUUUUUUAACGAUGGAAAACACUAUUUGGGUCUGGACCAAUUAAUGGGGCUGGGAAAUUUGGGAAGCUGUUCAACUCUUGGGUGACCUUUGACUUAAGCCUAUUGAGACUAUUAGGAGAGGAAGUGGUUUGUUCAUGCUGCAUUGGAAGGAAACUCAAGAUGAAUGAUGGACAGCUCUGCAUGGACAGCUGUCCUAACGAUCUCACACACUCUAUAAAAAUCAUGGAGUAUUCACCAUCCCCUUGGAAAAAUCAUAAGGAUAUACGCUUAUACGCAGCCACCAGAAUGAAACAGUAACUCACAUGCCAAAUCAGUGUUUGACAGAAGUUCACAUUCAGUUUUUAUUCAUUAAGGACAGAUUGUCCUUAAUGACAAAGGGAUUUAUGCUGUUGAUAUGAAAAGGCAUUCAGAACGUUCAGUAGCUAAGGAUGAUUGGUAAUUUCAUAGUAAGGGCCGCUACAAAACUUCAUAGAGAGCAGUUGAUGCAAUUCAUAGGAACCUUGUCCUUCAUCACAAACUCACUUUAGGAUCACAAAUUACCUUACAUUUAUGCUUUCUGCAAUGUUUGGAUUUUGGCUGAACUAAUCAGAAUUUCAACCUGGGACUGAUAUUGUGGAAUGUGAUAAUGUGAACAAUUGCCCAUGUUGUGGUACCAUACAUAUCUUAGAGAUUACUUGUGGCAUUUAUAGUACACUCUAGUUACUCAUAGCUAAGUGUGGAUGUUUUUUAUUAUCAGGUCUGAAACCUCCACUGUGUUGUUUUUUUAAAGGUAAAACAGCAAUGAAUAAAAGUUGUAACGUAACAUGUUUAUGCUUUCUCCUGUAAAGUUACCAUUUUGGAGAUGUGGUUUGUUAGGACAGCAACAAUAUAGUCAUGUUAUUGUCAAAGGACCUGUAUUAUUUCAGACCACUAGCCCUGAAAUACUGAUCAAAUAAGGAUGUUUCACAGAGAGCAAAACAUGUAAUUUUUAAUUUUCUUUCUUCUUCAUUUAUUAU